UGGGAUGGGGCAUUGGGGCCGAGUUGAGCCGAGCCGGUUGAAGCGUGAGUAACAGCAGAAAGCCCUGCACAGUCGAUAAAACACAUUCGAAACGAACAGCAGCGGUAGCGGUAUAAUAAUCAACGUAACGCUUACGAUACGAUACGCCGGCAAUUGCAAUGCCAAUUUCAUUCCAUUCAUAUUCAUUCAUGCGACUGUGAGACGGUGAAAAACGGUGUGCUGGGCCUCGGCGGCCGAUUUGUUUAGUCUGUGCCUGUGUCUGUUGUCUGCCUUUUGGCUUUCGGAAAGCUCUGCUGUCUGGCAGCACUUUCUUUUCGUGCUCACCCGAUCCUUUCUUCUGACUUCACUUGGCACUGGUGGCUUUCAUUUUCGAUCGGUACCCCGACUCCCGACCCUGCAUCGACCGGUUCAGCUUCUUCGAUUGUCUGAGGCAUUACUUAAUCCAUUCCAACACUGAUGUAAUCGUAGUCCUGGUUAGCAUGAGAUUUCUGGGCCUGGAUUUCGUCAUGUUGACAUCGCUGCUGCUGCUGCAGGUGAUGGCCAUUCGACAGUCGCGCGAAAUCAUCAUUACAGAUGCGGUGCGACGUAUUCAGCACGACGGCUACAAUGUGGAGGAACACAGGGUGGCUACAAAGGAUGGCUACGUGUUGACUCUGCAUCGUAUACCGCAGGUGGAUCCGAUCCACGGUCAGGUGCUUCGACGACCCGUUGUCUUUCUGCUCUCCGGCCUGUAUGCCUCUUCGGAUGUUUGGUUGUUAAAUGGACGAGAAGAUUCGCUAGCUUAUCUAUUAUGGCGCGCCGGCUAUGACGUUUGGCUGGGAAACAACAGGGGCAAUAUUUACUGCCGUCACAAUCUCUGGAUGAACACCACGGAGCGUGAGUUCUGGAAUUUCAGUUGGCACGAAAUGAGUGUCUACGACAUGCCUGCCCAGAUAGAUUACAUUCUGCGAUCGAGCAGUGUGCCGAAAAUGCAUUUUGUGGGCAUCUCACAGGGUGGCACCGUGUUCCUGGUGCUAAACUCUAUACUGCCGCAGUACAACGCAGUUUUCAAGACUGCCACACUCUUGGCCCCGGUGGCCUAUGUGAGUAACACAAAGAGCGGAUUGGCCAAGGUCAUAGGGCCGAUUCUGGGUACUCGCAAUUAUGUAUCCAAAAUGCUCGAGGGCGUCGAGAUGUUCUCGACCAAUAAGUUCUUUAAGAAAUUUCUCUCCAUGACCUGUCUGGAGAACGAGAAGCCCUUGGUGUGCAUCACUCGGCUUUGGCCAGCCGUAGGCUACGACACCCGUUUCCUCAACAAGACUCUGCUGCCUGAUCUAAUGGCCAAUUUUCCGGCGGGGGGCUCGGUAAAGCAAUUGAUGCACUACUUCCAGGGUUAUGUGUCGACCAAGUUUCGACAGUAUGACUAUGGGCCGGAGCGUAACUGGCUGCACUAUCAGCAGCUGGAGCCCCCCGAAUAUGCUCUGGAGAAUGUGACCACGCCCAUUACGAUAUUCUUCUCGGAGAAUGAUUAUAUUGUUGCCCCGGCUGACAUUUGGCGGUUGGUGUCACGUCUGCCAAACGUGGAGGCCGUAUACAAAGUUCCCUGGAAGCGGUGGAAUCACUUUGACUUCAUCUGUGGACUGGGAGUGCGAGAAUAUAUUUUCGACAACAUCGUUAUCUCCAUGAAUCGCUAUGAGCGACGCCGUCGCUGACCGUCUCUUAGCAGGAGCACAACUAGAACGACUUACCAAGAGUGCCAAAAACAGAACAAUUUGAGAAACUGAAUCUGCAGUUGUACCGACUGAUUAAGUAAUAUAGACUAUAGUCCCUUUUUUUAUUACAACUUAGAUCUAAGGCUCCAAAAACGAUUCAUUAAAAAAAAAGUUAUUAUUUCAA